CGACUAUACCACUCUAGGGUUUUAAUUAGCUCCCCACAUAUUAUUACUUCCAUCUUCUCUGCAUUUCGGCACCUCGCGCCUCCCUCCUUCAAACCCUAGAACGGUUAGUUUGUAGAAGUAAAAAAAGGGAAAGAAAAUGGUGGAAAAAACAAAAGGAAGAAAAGAGGAAGUGGUUACCAGAGAGUACACCAUUAAUCUCCACAAGCGCUUGCAUAGCUGCACAUUCAAGAAGAAGGCCCCAACAGCCAUCAAGGAGAUCCGGAAGUUCGCCCAGAAAGCUAUGGGCACAAAGGAUGUCAGAGUGGACGUGAAGCUGAACAAGCAGAUCUGGAGCAGGGGCAUCCGAAGUGUCCCAAGGCGUGUCAGAGUCCGUAUUGCUCGCAAGAGGAAUGAUGAUGAGGACGCAAAGGAGGAGCUCUACUCUCUGGUUACUGUUGCAGAGAUCCCAGCAGAGGGAUUGAAGGGUCUCGGCACCAAGAUCAUCGAGGAUGAAGAUUAAACUGUCAUUUUCAGUGAAGAAUGACACUUUCAUGUUUUUUGGGAUCCUUUUUAGUGUUAAAAAACAGCUCAGUUUUGUGACGAUACUGUCUUUUCGUGCAUCCAAGUUCUCACAUGACAUUAUGCUAUUCAUAUCUUCUGUUUCUCAGGAUUUCUCAUGGAUUAACUCUUUAGUUAUAUUACAUAGUACACUGCGCUUGUUGUUUGCCA